AUGACCUUAAAUGAAGUACGAUCAAAUGGCUUCUGGGUGGUCAGCGGUUCAUCGGUAGUCGCCAACAUGAUUUCAUCCUGCGUCAAGUGCCAGAAACUGCGCGGAGCAGUGCAAGAACAAAGGAUGUCAGAUUUACCCGAAGAUCGCCUCGAGUCCACUCCACCCUUCACAUACUGCGCCGUUGAUUAUUUUGGGCCCUUUGUCAUCAAAGAGAGAAGGAAGGAACUAAAACGUUAUGGCGUGCUCUUCACCUGCAUGGCUUCAAGAGCAAUACACAUCGAGAUUGCCAACUCCCUCGAGACUGACUCAUUUAUAAAUGCCCUGAGAAGAUUCGUAAGUCGUCAAGGACCUAUCCGCCAGUUAAGGAGCGAUCAGGGGACGAACUUCGUUGGAACUCGCACAGAACUCACCCAAGCAUUAGCUGAGAUGAACCAAGACAGAAUCAAGAAAAAGCUGCUCGAGGAACAGUGUGACUGGUUCACCUUCAAAAUGAACGUCCCAGCGGCGAGCCACAUGGGAGGCGUUUGGGAGCGACAAAUCAGAACAGUUCGUAACGUCCUCGCAUCACUAUUACAAGACAAUGGACAACAGCUAGACGACGAGUCUCUUAGAACCUUGAUGUGCGAAGCAGAAGCUAUUGUCAACAGCCGCCCCUUGACAGUGACCCAGCUUACUGAUCCAGAUUCAGCCAGUCCACUCACUCCCAACCACCUCUUGACAAUGAAGUCAAAGGUCGUUCUUGCUCCACCAGGUGCCUUCCAGCCAGCCGACAUGUAUUGUAGAAAGCGUUGGAGGCGAGUCCAGCAUUUGGCGAAUGAGUUCUGGACUCGAUGGAGAAAAGAAUUCCUCCUCAGUUUACAGCAGCGCCAAAAGUGGUCACGCCCUCGGAGAAACUUGAUUGUUGGUGAUGUAGUCAUAGUAAAAGAUGAAAGUCUUCCUCAGAGUGCCUGGCAGCUAGCAAGAGUAUCAGUGGUCUACCCUAGUUCCGAUGGCCAAGUACGCAAGGUUCAAGUAGCUCUUGCGGAUAGCUGCUUGGACAGCAAAGGCAAGAGGAUCAGAACUGUGCAGUACCUGGAGAGACCAGUACAGAAGUUGGUAUUGCUGUUGCCAGCGUCAAAGAAAGAUUGA